AUGGACGAGGUACUGAGCAAAGUUCAUGCCCUGGAGACUGCCGUGAAGUGUCGGCCUGAGUUGCGCAAAACUCUCAACGAUUUAAACUUGAACGAGGCGUAUCGUGAAGUCGUGGAUCUCCCUGGCGUUGAGGUCGCUGCAGCCAUAGAACAGGUGAUGAUAGCGAUCGCGGACACCAUUCUUCGAAACGAGGGUUUUGGAUAUUCCCUACCCAGCAGAGGCAACACUGACCAAGUAUACGUUGAGCAAUUGGACCGAAUCGUGCUGAAAGAGAAACACACUUUUACAACAUUUCAUAACACGUCAUCUGUGCGUAAGGUUGCAAUCCUAACACGAGUGAUGCAGCUCAUUCAUGGUGUUUUGACGCGCGGCAUACACGUGACAAAACGCGACCUCUUUUAUACAGAUGUGAAGUUAUUCCGAGAUCAGAAAGAUUCUGACUCUGUUCUCGACGACAUUUCUUGCCUCCUGGGUUGCACUCGGAACUCCUUACACGUUGUCGCAUCUGAAAAAGGAGUUGUCGUCGGAAAAUUGACAUAUACAGAAGACGGAGAUGAAAUAGACUGUACUAAGAUGGGAAUUGGUGGCAAGGCUAUUCCGAGCAACAUCGACGAGGUCGAUUGUUUUCGCUCUGUGGCAAAGUUUGUGCUUCUCGUCGAGAAGGAUGCUGCCUUCAUGAGACUUGCGGAAGAUAGGUUCUACAACAGAUUUCCUUGCAUAAUAAUUACUGCGAAAGGUCAGCCCGAUGUGGCGACUCGAUUAUUCUUGUCAAAGUUAAAGCGCGAUCUACGCAUCCCUGUGCUUGCCCUUGUUGAUGCGGACCCCUAUGGGCUGAAAAUUAUUUCUGUGUACAUGCAAGGAUCCAAAAACAUGGCAUUUGAUUCUGCAAACCUUACCACGCCAGACAUCAAAUGGCUCGGUGUGCGACCAAGCGACUUAGACAAGUUCAAGAUUCCUGAGCAGUGCCGGCUCGAAAUGAGCCAGAAAGAUAUUGAGACUGGGCACCACAUGCUGAAUGAGGAUUUCAUCCAGCAGAAUCCAAAGUGGGUGCGUGAGGUUAAGAUGAUGCUUGCAUCAAAGACAAAGGCUGAGAUUCAGGCUUUGAGUAGUUACGGUUUUCAGUAUCUGUCAGAGGUCUAUCUUCCACUGAAGCUGCAGGAAGGCGACUGGAUAUGA